GCUUUGCUUCCGGUUCCGCCAGCUUUCUAACGCCGCGCAGGGUUCCCGGGAAAGGCACGUGCGCGGCUGAAUGGAGCUGGUCGCCGGUAGCUAUGAGCAAGUCCUUUUUGGGUUCACAGUACAUCCGGAGCCUCAGGCGAGUGGCGACAAAGAGCAGCAGCAAUGGACUCCUGUGGCUGACUUCACUCAUCAUGCUCACACGGCCUCCUUGUCAGCAGUGGCUGUGAAUAGUCGUUUUGUUGUCACUGGGAGCAAAGAUGAAACAAUUCACAUUUAUGAUAUGAAAAAGAAGAUAGAACAUGGAGCCUUAGUACAUCACAAUGGUACAAUAACUUGCCUGAAAUUCUAUGGCAGCAGGCACUUAAUCAGUGGAGCAGAAGAUGGACUCAUUUGUGUCUGGGAUGCAAAGAAAUGGGAAUGCCUCAAGUCAAUCAGAGCUCACAAAGGACAUGUGACCUUCCUUUCUAUUCAUCCAUCUGGCAAGUUGGCCCUGUCUGUUGGUACAGAUAAGACAUUAAGAACUUGGAAUCUUGUGGAGGGAAGAUCAGCCUUCAUAAAAAAUAUAAAACAAAAUGCUCACAUAGUAGAAUGGUCCCCAAGGGGAGAGAAAUAUGUAGUUGUUAUACUGAAUAAAAUAGACGUCUAUCAGCUUGACACUGCAUCCAUUAGUGGCACCAUCAAAAAUGAAAAAAGGAUUUCUUCUGUUACCUUUCUUUCAGACUCUGUCCUUGCAGUGGCUGGAGAUGAAGAGGUUGUCAGAUUUUUUGACUGUGAUUCACUAGUGUGCCUCUGUGAAUUUAAAGCACAUGAAAACAGGGUAAAAGACAUUUUCAGUUUUGAAAUUCCAGAGCAUCAUGUUCUUGUUACAGCAUCAAGUGAUGGUUUCAUCAAAAUGUGGAAGCUAAAGCAAGAUAAGAAAGAUCCCCCAUCUUUGCUCUGUGGAGUGAACACAGAUGCCAGGCUGACGUGUCUUGGAGUAUGGUUAGACAGAGGAACAGACACAAAAGAGAGGCCUCCUCCAGCAGCAGGGCCUUCUUCUGUUAAUACAGAACAGUCCGAGAUCAGCAAAAAGGACUCUGGUGACGUGGUGCAGCAAGAAGACACAUUAAAACCUAACUCAAAGAAAUGCGUUUUAAGUGGUGACAGUAAUAAGCCAGUGAAAGGAAAUAGCCUGUCGGCCAGGAAAAGGAAGAUGGUAGAAAUGCAAGAAAAGAAGAAGAGAAAAAAGAAAAUAUAACUGAUGCACUGAAUCCCAGAUUGAUUGAUUCCCAAAAGAACUCCUUUUUUUAAUGGACUCAUCUUUUAAAUAUAUCUAAAUAUUAUUUUUUUCUGAGUAAAGGCAAGGAAUUUCUUUUUCUGGAGAAAAUGUACAGCUUGGAAAACCACUUUUAGGUGUUUUUUUUAAUGUGCUAAAAUUAUUUUUGGCACCUUUGGCCUACAUGUUAUUAAUUAUAUAGAGAGGCAUAUAUGUUAAUUAUAAUAUGUAAUUUUUAUUGUGUAUAAAAUAAAGAUCUUUCCCCAAAUAUGGCAAUUUAAAAUAAUGUGAAAUCUUGAACAUAGUGUUGGAGAUCCAAUCCAGGGCCUUGAAUAUGUUAGGCAAGCACUCACUGUACCUCUUAAGCUGCUGCACCCCCAGUCAUCUGAACACAUUCUUUACUAGAGAUAAAUAAAGAUUAUUUUUCAAACUAUUCUUCCAAGCAGUGAAUGGCAAGAAAAUUUAAGGGCAGGAAAAUGACAAUUCCCAUAAUUUUUGCAUCCCUUUCAGGUAUCAAACUUGACUUGGCUAAUCUAACCAAAGUGGUCUUAGAAAACUAAAUGUGCAGUUUACUUUCAGAUUCUAAGGCACUGAUUUAUUUCAGUCCAGCUCCAGUGUCACAUUAGUCUUGGUUACUUUAACUUUGUAGUAAACUUUGGAAUCCAGGAGUGUGAUUCCUGCAACUUCGUUUUUGAAAAUUAUUUUGUGCCUAUUUCAUCCAUUGGAUUUCUGUAGGGCUUUUGAGAUCACCUUGUCAUUUCUAUAAACAAUCUUGAUAGCAUUUCAAAAGGAAUUGUAUUCAAUCUAUAGAUCAAGUUUGGGCAUAUUGCAUGUCAAAACCUGGCCAAAGGACAUCAUUUAUUAAGUCUUCCUUGUUAUCUUUCAAGAAUGAUUUCAGCUUCUAAGUUUUGUAUUUUUGUUAAACUCUUUUUUUUAUGCUAUUGCAAAUUGAAUCUUUUUUGUGAUUUCAUUUUCAGAUCAUUUGUGCUAGUUGUCUCAUUUUAAUAUGCUGUAUUUUCAUUUAGUUCAAUGUAUUUUUUUCUGUUGAAUUUUUCUCUAUGAUGCAUAGAUUAUUUUAAAGUUCUCAA